AAAGUAGUUAAAAAAUAAUUAAAACUCAUAAUUACCUCAUAAUUAAUGAAAAGCUCAUAAUUAGAGUGAAGAAUGUAUUGCUUCAAUCAAAUUGCAUUUUGGAGGCCUUUGGAAACGCAAAGACUAAUAGAAAUGAUAAUUCAAGUCGUUUUGGAAAAUAUAUGGACAUUAACUUUGACUUCAAAGGAGAUCCAUUGGGCGGACACGUCAGUAAUUAUUUACUCGAAAAGUCCCGGGUUAUAGGACAGCAAACGGGUGAAAGGAAUUUCCAUUCAUUUUACCAGUUAUUAAAUGGUUCUUCGGAUCAGUUGCUGAAUAAGUUGGGAAUCAAAAGAGAUCCCAGUCAUUACCAUUACCUCAAGCAAGGUGGAAGUUUUAAAGUGGAUUCCAUUAAUGACAAAACAGAUUAUAAAGGAGUAGAGAAUGCGAUGAAGAUAUUGAAUUUCAAUGAAUCCCAGUGCGAGUCCUAUUGGAAAACGAUUGCAUCGAUUCUGCAUUUGGGAAACGUUGACUUCAAACGCGAUGAUAAUAAUGAGGAUAUCAUUAAAAUAUCGGAUUCCAGUAAAAAAGAGAUUAAUUUAAUCGCAAAACUAUUGUCUGUCAAUGAGUCCGAUUUAGUGAAGACUCUGUGCCAUAGAGUGAUCGCUGCCGGCGGGGAAGUCAUGUCCAAACAACACACCAAGAAUGAAGCCUUUUAUGGCAGGGAUUCGUUUGCAAAAGCCAUUUACGACCGACUCUUUUCCCAUAUCGUGGAACAAAUCAAUGGCGCCAUUGAUAUGACUAAAGAGGCCAACAGAAGAAGUAUUAGUUCGGGAAAGAAAGGAGCAGUCAUUGGGGUCCUCGAUAUCUAUGGCUUUGAGAUCUUUGAUAACAACAGUUUUGAACAAUUUUGCAUUAAUUACUGCAAUGAAAAAUUGCAGCAAUUAUUCAUAGAAUUGGUGCUGAAACAGGAACAGGAGGAAUACCAGAGGGAAGGCAUUGAUUGGCAACACAUCGAGUAUUUCAAUAACGCUAUCAUUUGUAAUUUGGUUGAAGAGAAUCAUAAGGGAAUCCUUGCCAUUGUGGACGAGGCAUGUCUUAAUGUGGGCAAAAUCACUGAUGAACUACUGCUCGAGAAUAUGGAUAAUAAACUCGCAAACCAUAAGCACUAUAAAAGUCGUCGAUUAAGCCCUUCAGAUAAGACUCUCGUCCAUCACAGAGACUUCAGGAUUAAACAUUAUGCGGGAGAUGUGAACUAUUCUGUCAUUGGAUUCAUUGAUAAGAAUAAAGACUCACUCUUUCAAGACUUCAAACGACUCUUAUAUAACAGCUCUGAUAAAGCGGUGAAAGAGUUAUUCCCUGAGGGGUCACAACAGAUGACGGCAGUGAACAAAAGGCCGGUCACCGCAGGCUUUAUGUUCAAGACAUCAAUGAUUGCGUUAAUUAAGAAUUUAAUGUCCAAAGAGCCGUAUUAUGUGAGAUGUAUUAAACCUAACGAACAAAAGUCUCCCGUAAUGUUUGACGAGGAAAGGGUGAGACAUCAGGUCGCAUACCUGGGUCUCCUCGAGAAUGUUAGGGUCAGGAGAGCGGGCUUUGCCUUUAGAAUGGCUUACGAGAGGUUCUUAAGGCGAUAUAAGAUGUUGUCUGCGCGCACGUGGCCUAACUACAGGAAUGGUAGUGAUAGGGAUGGCUGUAAAGUACUGAUCGAUGAAAACCGAUUUACAAAUGAUGUGAAGUACGGAAAGACGAAAAUAUUUGUUCGUUCGCCACAAACAAUCGCUUCAUUAGAGUCCGAGAGAACAAAACUCUUGCAAAACAUAGUGGUAUUCCUGCAGAAGCUAUGGAGGGGUACUCUCGCCAGAAACCGGUACAAGAAAAUGAAAGCAGCCUUGGUUAUUAUUCAGUACUACCGGCGCUACAAAGUCAAUAAAUAUGUCAAACAAGUGUGUCGUCUCUAUCAAAAUGUUAAGAAUAUGAGAGACUACGGCAAAUCACUUCCCUGGCCAACACCCCCGCCAUAUCUUAGAAAAAAUCCUGGAAUCAGUCAUAUGAGAAAUAUUUACAUCAAAUGGAGAGCAUAUAUGGUCUUAAAGGCGUUCCCGCGUAAAGAUUGGCCUCAAAUGCAGCUUAAGAUAAUCGCUGCCGAAGCCAUCAAAGGACAGCGAAGGGAUUGGGGAUUUGCGUCCAAAUGGGAGGGCAAUUACCUGGAUAAGAGUGUUGAGAGUGAUGAUUACGGGAAGUUCUCGUCAGCAUUCACUAAGCUAACCCUUAGCGACCCCUCUGGUUGUCGUAAGGUCUUGUUUUCCGGUUAUAUCCGGAAAUUUAAUAGAUAUAACAAAAGCGCCGACCGAGCGAUUGUUGUCACAAAUCAUUACAUCCAUAAGUUUGAUAUCAGGAAGACGUCGCCAAUGGCUAAACCGACGCCAAUAGAGAGCAUGACUGGUAUUAGUAUCUCUUCCGGUUUGGAUCAACUCGUUGUCAUUCACCUGAACGACGGCAACGAUUUUCUCUUCUCGUUAGUAAACCUUAAAGAUAAUCAAAACUCAAACAUCAAU